UCUUACUGAAUCUAUAGUGAAGCGUUGCUGAAAUCACAUUAGAGAACUUCAUCGUACGAGCUACCAGUUGCCAAGUUCAAGUUCUCAGUCAAUAGAGAGUCAAUCAAAAAUCUUGAAGUAUUUUAGUUCAAUCGUCACAAAUUCAGUGAGAGUUACAAAAUAGAGAUGUCUUCAGAGGGAACACUGAGUAUUGGAAGUGAAGAAGAUGUGCAAGAGUUGAGCUCAAGCAAGAGCAAUAGCGAAGUAGAAACUUCCAACAGUGGGGGAACUGAAAGAAGUGGGCAAGGUGAGGAAAGUGAAAGGGAGGCAGAGGUGGGAGUGCUCUCUAAUAUUUUGGAUGUUGACAAUAGUAGGGCUAAGUGUUAUAAUGAAGAGGAUGAGGUGGUUUCAGAGGUGGUAGGAUAUGAGGCAUUUUGGAAGAGCAAGAGCGACCUCACACAUCUAGUGGAGCAGUACGCCAUCCGGGGCAUGUGUUACUUAGACCGAUUGGUGAGAUGGAAAGGGUGUGCUCAGCGCCAAGGGACCAUUGGAUGCCCAUAUAUGGCCAUUAUCUAUCAGCUGAGCUUAGGUUCACAGCACUUGAGCUGUUAAUGGCUUUGUUGAAGGCGUAUGGGUUGGGGAUAAUGCAGCACAUCCCCAACGCAUCGCCACUGAUCAUAGGGUUCUUAGUAUAUUAUCGAACAUGAGGUGUGCUUGUCCCAACAAUCAAUUUGUUCAAGUACUUUCUUUUAAUAAAGAGAGGGAGCAAUA